UCUCAGUUGUUGGCCUGACCCAGAUGUCUAAUCUCAGACAUUUAACCCUAGAGUAGUUCAUCAGACUCGACGAUGAGAAUCUAGACAAGGUCAAUGGUUGUUUUCCUUUUCUUUAAGUGCUGAAUUUGAUCGGUGUUGGUGGACUUAAGGAACCGCGGAUCCAUUUACUGCACCUAAAGAGUUGCUAUUGGACAGUGUCGAAUGCACCACUUUCAUUGGCUAUCGUGGCGCCGAACCUCCUUGAACUCAGGCUGAAAAGCAACAAACCCAAAUCUCUCGUCUUGGAAACACCCAAGCUGGUGAAGUUCUGUCUUUCUGUUGAAGACGCUGAAGGUGUUAGUUUCUCAGAGCUUGGAGAACUGGAUACGUUAGAGGUUAUAUCUCCUGACCUGGACAGGCUAAUCAGAAACACUCGUUUUGGCAACAAGAUCAGAAAGCUUGCAAUGGAUUCAGUCAAGUCGAUAGAAGAUUCUGAAAGGCUGAAAUUUGGAUUGGGUACACUCCUCGAAGCAUUCCCUGGCAUCGUUUCUCUUACUUUGAGUCAUGUGACUUGGUCAAACAUCAAAACCCAUUUCCAAAGCGAAGGUAUGAAGGGAACAUAUACUACCCUGAAGCAGAUAACAGCACGUGUUCAGACGUCAGAUUACACCGACGUUUCUUUCAUCAGGUCUAUACUCAAUAACUGUAAAGGUUUGACAGAUAUGAGACUGAUGAUGCACCAGGACACAGAUCCUAGAGCAAGAGAUUUACUGAUCUCUGCGUGCACGACGAGUAACCCAAGAGUGAGAUGGAGCUGGGGAACGUGGGCUGAAGGAGGUGAAGACAUUUGGGUAUCCAACGGCACCUAAGGCAUAAAAGUUCAAGUCAGAAAAACUUGAAUUCUUCUGUAUAUACUUGUGAUG